AUGCAAUUGCUCAACACCCUCUUCAUCGCAGCCUCCGCGCUCGCCACCCUCACAGCCGCAACCAAAGCCGCCUCCUCGACUCCAAAAUCCCCCAACAAAGUCCACUUCAUAAACCAAGACUCCACCCCACGCACCAUCCACUUCACACCUCAAAUCGGCACUCCUUCCAUCGCCUCAUUGUCUCUCAACGCCUCCGGCAGCGCCACCGUCCCCUUCCCAAUAGGCUGGAUAGGAAACUGGUACUCCGUCUCCAAGGGACGCAAGAACAUCCCCGGGAUGCUAGGCGAAGUGCGCUUCGACGGCUACGCGGGCGCGACAUACUUUGAUGUUAGCGCGAUCGUGAACCCGGACGAUAACGAGGGCGUGAAGAUGCUUAUGCCGAUGAAGGGUCAGAAGCCGAUGAGUGGGUGUCCUGAUUUCACGACGAGGUGUGGGAAUGCGUAUAAUAAGUGGGAUGAUGUGCAGACGAUGGCGACGUUGGAGAAGGAGUUGAUCUGCUUUGUUGGGAAUGGGGGAAAGGAGUCGGAUGGGAAGAGAGGGAGGGUUGGAAGGAGGUUUGUGGAGGCGUGA